AUGGUUGUCCUGUCUGACUUGAACAAUGAACUUCUGACUGCAGUAGCUGGUCAUUUGACUCUUGAAGAGUUACGUACCUUCUCACAAGUAUGUCAUCGAUUUGCACUGGUAGCUCAUAGUGAUGCGGUCUGGAAAGAAAGUCUUUACAACAAUUAUGGGGUGACAUACAAACUACCAGAAGAAACAUGGAAGGACAUGUAUACUAAAAAGACAGAUGAUCCUCAUGAUAAUCGUAUUUGUCCUCAUAUUGGUCAAGUCAAUGCCAAAGUGUUGGAACCUUAUGUCAAGCGCUAUCAUCAAAUCCUCCAUUGGCUUCCCAAGAAUCUCAACUGUGGUACAUGUGGUUCCAACCAAGCAGAACAAGGUCUUUGUUUAUAUAUUUGGCAAGGCAAUGUUCGUUUAAAACCAACGUACUUCAAAUGUUUUGUUUUACUUGUUCUCGACUUGUAA